AUGCCUGCGAAGAGGGAGAAAAGGGUCGUCGGCAGCAGCGGCGGAUGCGUGAGCGUGUGGUUCUUUGCGUGCGAGCUGGGGACUCUCCUGCUGGUUUUGCCGCACCGCCAACUGCGGAGCUUUUGCUCAGCUCCCGAGUACCUUUGGCGGCUGCUAUGCUGUGGAAUAGCUUGGACUGCGCCGCAAGCUCUAGUCCUGCGCCCUACGGUGCCUUUUUCCUCCUUCAUGACUACUCCGCCGGUGACGGCAGGAGCCGUCCUGGGGAGGGUCAUGGCUCCUGGGCCUCCUGAGCAUGCUCUGGAUCCCCCCGUGAGCGCGGCUAACACGAUCCAGGAGCUCCGGGCCGUGCUGCCCGCUCAGAGAAUGAUUCCCUCCGCCUCCUGUCCGGCGAUUCCCACGGGCAGCCCUGCUAGAUUUGUCCUGAAUCCUGUGGGCGCCAAGCUUCCCCUUAGUUUCGUCCCAUCCUUCGCUCCUCAACCCCGAGUACUGCCUGCUCCGGUAGAAAUCAAACUAGCCCCCUCGACUCCGGUUCAGCAGCUCCCCAAGUCUAGCAACAUGGGUGGGAGGCAGCCAGCCCCUCUCUCGGGAGGACUCAAACCCGCACAAACGACAAUACAGUUGCCUGCUAAUUUUCAAAUCCCCCAAGGAAUGAUUCUGGUCAGAAGUAAUACUGGUCAAUUAAUGUUGAUAUCUCAACAAGCAUUAUUACAAACUCAGAGUCAGACCUCAAAUAAUACCAGUGUAAGAUGCUCAAUACCUCCACCUACAAUCAAAAUUCAGCCUGUACAGAGUUCUGGAACUCAGGUACUUAAAGUACUAACAGCUCCUGUUAAAACACUGUCUUGGGCAACUCAUUCUGUUACUUCUGCUGUUAAGAAGCCUGCUAUAAUUCAGGAAAUGCUGGAAAAUGUGAAAAAGUGCAAAAACUUCCUUACAACACUAAUAAAACUGGCAUCCAGUGGAUCUCAAGCAUCUCAAACAGGGCAGACUGUGAAGAAUCUGGUUCAAAGUCUGUUGGUAAAAGCUCAUCUGCAAGAAGCUAAAAUUGAACCAGAAGAAUUUACCAAAGAACUAUAUGUGGAACUGAAGUCUUCACCCCAGCCAAAUCUUGUUCCCUUUCUCAAGAAAAGUUUACUCGCCUUACGGCAAUUAAUGCCUAAUACAGAGACUUUUAUAGAACAAUGUCUUCAGCAAUCUGUCCCUCAAACAGCUUCUUCUACUUAUCCCACUGCAUCAUCAACUUCUUCCACAGUUGCUGACAGCACUUUUGUGACUAUAGCCUCUUCUCAAUCCGCAACAUCAGUCCCCAGCUCUCCACUUCAAAUGUCUUUUCCGCAGACAUCCGUUUCAGUACCCUGCACGACUACAAGUGGUUCUGAAUCUCUUCCACUUGCUGACCCAGCUUGUGCCUUGGCUGCAGGGGCACUCUCUUACCAAGAUGACAAGUCCAUCCUCUCCACUCAACUGAUUGGAGGAAUAAAUACCAUGAAGGUCAUACAGCCAACUUCCACUGCAGGGGAGAAAGGAGCAGUUUCUCUUCAGGUAGCAAAGCCAGACUGUAACCCAACAUUACCUUCAACUACUGUUACUACUAAUUCUAUGAAAUCAGCCACAUCAGCUGUGAUGACAUCACUUGAAGUGGCAAAGUUGGUCUUGACUACCACAGCAACCUCAGCUGCAUCAGUAAACACAACUCUCCAGCCUGUCUUGCCUAUCACUGAGGUACCAACAGCUGUAAGGAUUGCCCAUCCCAAUUCUGCCCUUCCCCAGCAAAUUCAGACUUCUCAGCCUGUAAAGGUAAAACAGUUGGGUUCAGGCUCCAUUGUGAAACAAAUUACCUUGGCAGGAAACAAAAUUGUGUCGCUUGGAGCAUCUCCUGUUCAGAGAAAUAAAAUAAGAGAGAAUGGAGCAACAUCCUUCAGGUAA